GUGUCCCGCACAGCAAGAAGAUGUCGAGCCAGAUAUCAGGAUGGAGAUGCCCGUGUGGAGAGAAGGUGCCAGUCACAAAGUGGAAUUGCAAGUGUGGCACCCACUUCAGUCAGCGCAUGCAGAUGGAAGCCGAGGCCAGCCUGACCUGGGACCCGCCGCCGCUCGACGAGUCCAAGGUCGCCGCGUACCGUGCCAAGGCCAGGAUGAAGAUGGAGUCCCUCGCACUGUCCGCCAUCGCAGCCAGGGCGGCAGGCAUGGACGACGCAGAGGCGCGCUACGAGAUAUCGAUGUGGUUCCGCAAGAUCAAGCACGACCAGACGAAGCUGGCGGAGGAAGAGACCUCAGUUGCAGCCGAGAUCGACGAGCUCAAAGCCCAGAUCGAGCAGCUAGUUCAGGAGGAGGCAGAACAGACGGACGAGGCCAUGCAGGCUCAAAUGCCCGUCAUCCCGCAACACCUCAUGGUGCCAGUGGUACCCCAGCAUUGCCUCAAUGCCAUGAAUGCCAAGGGUCACGGCAAGGGUGCUCAGGUUACAGUACCAGCGUAUGGAGGACAACAACCAGCGCCGCAGGGACCAGUCGUUGGAGGCAUCACGGCAGAACAGGCUUCCCAGCUCAACGGAGUCAUCCAGCAGAUGGAAAACAACAAGCAGCAGUUCACAGCCAUGAACAACCAGAUGCAGCAGAUGCAGCAAUACAUAGUCGGUCUGACCACGGCGAUCAGCGAUCUGAACAGGCAGAAGAUGACAGCAGAACGCAUGCCAGCACCGCCUUCGCCGACAGCGAGCACAGAGGCAUCGACGCCAGGGAUGGACGUUCAUGCCACGGCCACACAACAGGGGGACGUGGGGUUUCGCAUGGGCCCGCUCACCAUCGCCCCGACGAGCCUCGCCCAGGCCUUCGAGGAGUCGCAGCAAGAGCAGAUCCCAUUCGAGGGCACGCUCACUCCCAUCUCGCCGACCCAGGAGGUCAAGGAGAUCGAAGCUCUUCCAGGCCCACCGAGGUCCAUCGCAGGCUACCAGGACAAGUUCGGGGAAGCAGAUUCAGCGCCCCCCAGGACAGCGUCCGAGGCCGUGAAGUCUGGAGACAGCCCGGCCAGGAAGAUGCAGAGGGGAGACGACGAGAUAGUGCACAUCAUGGACGAG